GGAUCUUUUUUUGGAGAUUUCUCCUUAGUGAAGCUUUUUCUUGCAAAUUAAUGAUCUUCUGAUGUAGCAGACGAUGUUAUUGUUGAAGAUUACUCAGAUGCCUUCUGUCCAUUUUCUGCCUCGCAUGCUAUGUCAUGAAAGCUUUGAUACACUUAGUACAUAAUUUAAAUGAAUGACUACUUUGGCAAGCAUAAUGGAAGGCACACAUACUAUCCUGCAAUUGCACAAGCCCAUUAUGGAGCUUUGUUACAUCAGCUUCUAUCUUCCAGAAGGAAAAGUCAGAGGAUUUACUUACAGGGGCUGUGUGACUCUGGAUAGAACCAGUAAACGUUUCUGUAAUUGUUAUAAAGUCCAGGAGAGGUUGGAGAUGAGAGAACAGCGAUAUGAAAACUUCAGAGAGAUUAUUUUCAAGCAAACUACAACAAAAGACAUUCUUACUGAGUUGUACAGACUAACUGCUGAGAAGGAAAAACUCUUAUCCAGUCUUUUAAGAUCGCAUCAUAUUCUGGGCCUUAACACAGGAUGUCAGGUGGAAAAGAAACAGGCUGUUUCUGGAGUCACAAAACUUAAAUGUGAUGAUUAUUCCAGAUUUGCGUAUCAUCCGGAGUUCUGUCUGGAUUCUGCAAGGAGAGACAAAUUAAAUAGCAAGAAAAUGAGGAAAUAUAGAAGAAAAGAGAGCUUUGAUGAAUUCAGGCACUGGAAAGGGAGAAAUAAGGUAUAUGAACAACAUCCUUCUUUACCGAGGGGGCGAGGCAUGCAAAUGAGUAAUGAGAAGAUGCUUUCCACAAGACUACUUUCUACCAGGAGUUUUCCCAGUUCCUUCUCUGCCUCCAGUUGUGUAACAGCAAAAGGUAAAGACUGUUUAUCACCAGAUGUUGGUAUACAGCCUGCAAGAGGGAUAAAAGAGGAGUAUUUUCUUGAAAGCAACAAAGCUAUGAAACUGGAUGUUGGCUUAGCAAGUUCUGUAUCAGAAGACAGCAGUGAUGAUGUUGCAAUUGAACUACUGGAUACUGCAGAAUGCAUUCCUGAAGUUAUAAAUGUACAACAGAAUAUUAUAAUGGUAAAAUCACCUCAGGACAAUAUAUCUAACAAGCUAGAGAAGUUGAGCAAAUCUGCAGUUGCUAAAAUCUUGAAAGUUGACAAGUGUACUGACCAGGCAUGCAAGGAGAAACGAGGAUUCAGAGUUGCUGCUAAAGUACAGGAUUCAGAAACUUGUGAUAAAGCCCCAAAAACCCAUGCGGAGUCAUUAUCUGAUUUGCACAAAGAAGUAGUUUCUCCUGUUCUCACAACAGUACGUAAUGAGUUAAUAUCAAGAACUGAUGGACAUUCAGCAGAUGAAACUGCUGCAUACUCUAAAAACACUGUGCUGCAGGAAGAGGAGCAAGACAGCUCUGUUCUGAAGUACAAAGCAGAGAGAGUGCACAUUACCGAUGAGUCAUGCAACCUUGUGGGAGCAGUCAAUAAAGCUCUUCUGAAAGUUAUACAGAGUGACAGUUUAGAUGAAGCUGCAGAAUGGAAGAGACUGAAACAAAUUACAAGAGUAGACAGAAACCUGCCAGGCUCAAUAUUUGAGAAAAGAACUACGGUAUCCUGGGGAAACAACAAGCGUUUAUUUCUGAACCUGCCUGUACAUGAAGAUCCUGAUAUUUCUCAGACAAGUAAUAAGCUGGAAGAGAAAAAGCUGCAUUCACCCUCGUUAGUAGCAACUGCCUAGCCCACAGCUGCAUCAUCGGAUUCUUCCAUUACCUACACAGAACUCUGAAGACGAACCUAUGUUUGGUGACUACUGCAGUGGGAGGCACAGUGCUAUAAACCUCUCUUUCAAUGAUUUGGAGCCACCAUUUUAUCUGAAGUUUUCUGAACCUGGAGAACUGGGAUUUGCCAUCAGACAACCAUGCUUACAUCAGAAUGCAACCGCAGGGCAUUUUGAAAAGCGCACUCUACAAGGGAGACUAACUACUCAGACACAGCAGAAUUUCUGUGCAG